AUGCGACGCCUCACGCUGUUGGCCCUGUUGGUGGGGGUCAUGCUGUACCUGGCGAUGGGGGCGCUGGUGUUCCGCACGCUGGAGGCGCCCCAGGAGAGCCAGGCCUACGACCGGCUGGUGGACGUCAGGGACCGCUUCCUCCGCAACCACUCUCACUGCGUCAGCCCCGAGGCCUUCAACCAGCUCAUGAUGGGCAUGGUAUCGGCUGUGGAUGCAGGCCUGGAUCUGAGCAGCAGUUUGUCGAACUACACUAGCAACUGGGACCUCAUCAAUGCUUUCUUCUUCUGCGGGACCAUCAUCACCACCAUCGGCUUUGGGAACCUGUCCCCUCGCACCUGGUUCGGCCAGCUCUUCUGCGUCUGCUACGCCCUGGUGGGCAUCCCGAUGUUCGGCAUUCUGCUGGCCGGGGUCAGCGACCACAUGGGCACCGUGCUCCGGAAGGCCGUGGCCCGGAUCGAGACCCUGUUCCUGGAGCGCAACCUCAGUCCUACCAUAGUUCGCGUGAGUUCGGCGGUGAUCUCCAUCCUGAUUGGCUGCCUGAUCUUCCUGGUGGUGCCCACGCUGGUGUUCCAGGAGGUGGAGAGGUGGACCUUCCUGGAGUCCAUCUACUUUGUAGUCAUCACUCUCACCACCGUGGGCUUUGGAGACUUCGUUCCAGGCUCAGGCCGUGACAGCGACAUCAUCCUGAAGCCUCUGGUGUGGCUGUGGAUCGUGUUCGGCCUGGCCUACUUCGCCUCCAUCCUGGCCAUGAUCGGUAAAUGGCUGAGGGUGCUCUCCAAGAGGACCCGCGCCGAGAUGGAGGAGCUCCGGGCCCACGCCACCGACUGGCACCAGAACAUCCAGAACAUGGACUUCCGGAUCCCCAACCCGCUGGAGUUCAACGACCCCUUCCUGCUGCAGCGCCGCCGCUGGAAGCGCAGCGAGCGGCGGCGGGUGCGGCGGGGGGCGCAGGCCACCCUGGGGUACCUGGUGCGCGGCGGCUCCGAGAACGGACACCUGCGCAACCGCUGGCCGGACCUCCCGGGGGGCUCCAUGGUGUGGCUGGAGACCAGCCUCCCGCCCGGCCCCGGGGCCAAGGGCCCCGGGGGCGUGGAGGUGGCCACGGUGCCCCGGGCGGGGCUCGGCCUGGGGGGGCACCCGGGGGUGCGCUCGUUCGCCCGCUCGCUCUCGCUCCCCGUGGCGCACUCCACCCUGAGGCUGGACCUCCUGCGGCCCCGGCUGGGGGGGCCCGGGGGCCCGCUGUCCUCCUGCGACUCCCGCUCAGACGCCGCGUCCCGCUCCUCCUGCUCCUCCUGCUCCUCCUGCUCCUCGGGGCCCGAGGGCUUCCAGCCCGGCCCGGCGCCGGGCCGCGGCGCGGCGGAGGAGGAGAAGCUGCUGGACUUCUUCGGGGAGAACCUGGCGUACAUCGACGAGUCCUCGGACACGCUGAGCGACCGCGCCCAGCCGGAGGGGGGCGGGGCGGAGCCGGGGGGCGGGCGGCCGCGCAAACCAAACAGGAAGAGGAGCAUGAGGAGGGCGCCACCCGUACAGCUCAGCCCCCUGGUGGCCAGGAAGAGGCACAGCAGUGACAUACAGCCGCCGUCCAACCCCCCCACACCGCCCCCACACUCCCCCCUCUGA